UUUCUGAAAGUUUUUCUAUUCGAAGUUCUUCCGACGUCGUGUUCUAAUCUAAAGUUUGAAUUUGAAGUUUUAUUCUUUAUUUUGUGCCCAACUUUCAAUUUAUAAACGCGAAUUCAUGUGGUAAAGUGUGAAACGUUCAACUUGUCGCGAUGGAAAGUUUAAAAAGUCGGCCCGUACCCAGAAAAACAAUCAAGAAGAAAGUAGUCACCAGCGUUAAACCACCGAAAGUGCUAAAGAUUAAAAAAAUCGUCAAAGACAACAAAGAAAUUAGAAAGAUCGUGGUUCCAGCUCAUCGUUACACACCGCUUCGUGAAAAUUGGGUAAAAAUUGUCAGCCCCGUGGUGGAACAUCUAAAGCUUCAAAUUCGUUUCAAUCUGAAAACAAGAUGUGUAGAACUACGACCAGAUUCUGAAACCGAUGACAGCAAUUUACAAAAAGGCGCCGAUUUCGUUCGAGCUUUCAUUCUAGGUUUCGAUGUUGAAGAUGCGAUGGCCCUAUUACGACUAGAAAGUUUAUUCAUCGAGUCUUUCGAAGUGAAGGAUGUAAAAACGUUGAAAAACCAACAUUUAUCUCGAGCAAUUGGACGAUUGGCUGGUAAAGGAGGACGAACCAAAUUCACUAUCGAAAAUGUUACCAAGACUAGGAUUGUACUUGCGGAUUCAAAAAUACAUAUUUUGGGAUCGUUUCAAAAUAUACAAGUUGCAAUGAGAGCUAUUUGUAAUCUUAUUUUAGGUAGUCCCCCUUCGAAAGUUUAUGGCCAGUUGCAUAAUAUAGCGAAUAAGAUAUCUGAUCGUUUGUAAUAUUUUCGUUGAUUUUAUAAAUAAAAUUUUGUGUUUUUAAAGUA